UGUUUCUGCUCUAUGGAUAAUUGGUAUUGAAUUCGGAUACUUUGCCCUACAUGGCAAGAGAAUUGAGUUUGGAAGAAUUGUUGAAGUAAGUGGAUCAUGGAUGAUUGUGACUGGACUUCGGAGGGGAGUGCCGACUCUGAUGCACUCUCACCACUUCCACCAUUGGUUAUAUGGACCAGCAGAAGGUCAACUGGGUAUCCCCCACAGCGAAAUAUACCAUUUUACGGUACGAUUUACACGGCUCAUCACCACGCAAACCCCAAUAGCGGUAACCCAGAGACGACCUCAGAAGGCUCCUUUGCGAAUUAUGCACUUCAGCAUUCCUUAUUCACCUCUUGGAACACACCAACAUCUACCUCCAGAGUGCUCCAAGAUCAUCCUUGGCUGGACACUGCAGCAGACAACUUCAGGCCACCUCGACCAGAGUUCCAGAGAAACAAGGAUACACGCGCUAAUGAUCCUUCAACAGCAACUGACGAUAACCCAUGCUCUAAUCCCAUGACAUCAGCAAUGGACAAUGGCCAAAGAUCGCAAAGCAACCGUAACCAAACUGCUAACCAUCCCGUUUCUGUUUCAGAUCACUACACAGACCAUGCACACGUUGGGUAUGAGUCGGAAGAUGGCGAAUACUCAGGCAAAUCUGCCGACCUGGAGGUUCACAAUAUCGAACAUGUUCCAGUGGAUCUUAGGAUGUCUAGCUUAUCGCACAAAAAUCAGCAUGUCUCCGAGUCUAGUUCUGAGGCAGAUUUUCAACUUCAAGCUGACUUCCCUCAACCUGAAACUUCGCUUUACAAGGAAACUGGGCCAUUGCUUGAACGCCAGCAUGAUAUGCUUGAUGGCAGACAUUCACGUCCCGUAGAAAAGCCGUAUGAAUGUAAGUUUUGCGAUAAAUCAUUUUCUACUCAGUCCAGUCUAACAUCUCAUGAACGUACGCACCGAGAAGAGAAACCUUUCAAGUGUAAAGUGUGCGAUAAAGUCUUCGAUUGGCGAUCUCUUCUUCUCCGCCAUGUUCGAGUUCACUCAGGAGACAAACCCUUCACGUGCAAGUUCUGCGCUAAAUCAUUCAGUGAUAAAUCCAAUCACACUACUCAUGAACGGUACCAUACCGGAGCGAUGCGGUUUAAUUGUGAUCACUGUGAUCAAGGUUUUCACUCCCGUUCCAAUCUUAAGAUUCAUUUACGCAUCCACACUGGGGAGAGACCAUACAAGUGUAAAGAAUGUAAAAAGGCAUUCAGACAACCUUCACAUCUCACAGAUCAUCAACGCGUCCAUACAGGAGAGAAACCUUUCAAAUGUAACGUUUGUGAGGAGGCGUUCAGAAGUGUAUCAAAUCUCGCAGGUCAUCAACGCAUCCAUACUGGAGAGAAACCGUUCAAGUGUAAAAUAUGUGAAAAGUCUUUCUCUCGGAAAUCUAAUCUAAAAGUACAUGAAGGAAUCCACCUCUGAGAGAAACAAUAAAAGUCUGUCAAUGAUUAAAAAAACACUUGGAAGACUAUCAAAAUGUUAACA